GUGGAUGCGCGUAAUGCACAGGCGCGUGAGAUGGCACGAUUGCAAAAACUCAAAAAGGAAUCCCAGGUUGUACAACGCGCUCUGCCAAAACCUACCAAAAUCAACGAACAAGGCUUCAAAUCAGCUGCAAGCAAAACCGAUUUCAGCAGGGCGGAUGAUUUGAUCAAAGCUGAGAUGCUGAAUAUUUUGAGACACGAUGUUGACGGACAGCACCUGGAGGAUCUUUCUUUGGAUGAAUUGCAAGCAGCCAAAAAGAUCAUCGAAAGUGAACUGAGGCCGGAGGAGCAACUUACGUUGAACGCAAAUUUUUGGGGCAUAAUUGAGCAGUGCUCGUCAGAACUCAUUUUGGCACAAAAUAAAUUCACGCGUCUGGGCGUGCUGCCGAAAAAAGAUCAGAUUGAUGCACUUUCGGCCAAAUUCCAGCUUUAUCGAGACUGGAUGAACACACGAGCAAAGAAAACUGCGAAAAUGGAAAAAAAGCUUAAAGUCAAAUUAGCUGGUUAUCAGUUAAAAGUGGCACUUUUUCAGAGCAUUGGCCAGCAUAUUGCAAAACUGAUUGAAGAAACUCGAGCCGAAUUGGAGGCUUGUAAGCGUGAAAAAGCAACUUUUGAACUGCUGGAGAAAAAUGAGGAAAAAGCAGUCAGAAAACGACUCAACAAACUGAUCGAGGAAGUCUCGCUGCAGGAAAAACGUGAGAGCGAGCUGCAGAAGCGCUACGAUGCACUGAUGCAAGAAAAAUGGAACAUUGGACAGGCUUUGGUCCGAAUGGAUGCGACAAUCAUUGCGCAACCUGUCGUAUACCAGUGA